UGGUUAUAAAGGAAGUGACUGAUUCGAUUGAGUGGUCCAGUUUUUAUCUUUUUGUCUUGAAAGCAGCAGUAGUGUAACAUAAACUUUAAAUGCAUAUUCCUACAUUUCUACACAACACAAGGAUCACAAUGGCAAGAUUUUCUCUUCUCACUUGGAUAUUGGCCAGUGCUCUAACUUCUAUAACUGGAUAUUCCCUCAGACUGAUUAAUGGUAAUAAUGACUGCUCUGGGAGAGUGGAGAUCCUGUAUAAUGGUGUGUGGGGAACCGUGUGUGAUGAUGACUGGGACAUGAAUGAUGCUGCUGUGGUGUGCAGACAGAUGGGAUGUGGAGGAGCUGUCAGUGCACCACAGAGUGCUUCUUUUGGCCAGGGAAGGGGUCGAAUUUGGUUGGAUGAUGUGAGAUGUUCAGGAAGUGAAUCCUCACUCACAGACUGCUCACACCGUGGUUUUGGAGAACAUAACUGUGGACAUUCUGAAGAUGCAGGAGUUGUCUGCUUAGUGUCAGACGUUAGAUUGGUCGGUGGGUUUCAUUCAUGCUCUGGGAGAGUGGAGAUCCAAUAUAAUGGUGUGUGGGGAACCGUGUGUGAUGAUUCCUGGGACAUGAAUGAUGCUGCUGUGGUGUGCAGACAGAUGGGAUGUGGAGGAGCUGUUAGUGCAUCCCAGAGUGCUUCUUUUGGCCAGGGAAGUGGUCCAAUCUGGUUGGAUGAUGUGGGAUGUUCAGGAAGUGAAUCCUCGCUGAUACAAUGCUCACGCAAAGGUUUUGGAGAACAUAACUGUGGACAUUCUGAAGAUGCAGGAGUUGUCUGCACACAGGAUAAUGGCAAGCUGUCAGACAUUAGACUGGUCGAUGGGUUUGAUUCAUGCUGUGGACGAGUAGAGAUCCACCACAGUGGUCAGUGGGGAAGCGUGUGUGAUGAUAACUGGGACAUGAAUGAUGCUGCUGUGGUGUGCAGACAGUUACAGUGUGGAUCAGCCAUCAGUGCACCUCAUAGUGCCGCAUUUGGUCCAGGCAGUGGAUCUAUCUGGCUGGAUGAGGUUCAGUGUACGGGAAGUGAAGGAACUCUCAUUCAAUGUUCACACGAUGGACUGGGAAAACAUAACUGUAAUCAUGGUGAAGAUACUGGUGUUGUUUGUUCAAGUGAGCUGCAGAUGGCGAGUCUUGCUCUGAUCUCCACACAUUCAGUUGUUUCUCCAGGAGAAAUCGUCCAGUUCAGAUGCUCAACACCUAAACCGAGAUGCAGUGCUAAUGCUGAAUUCCAGCUCUUCAUAAACGGAUCAUCUUUAUCCUCACAGACACAUGUGUCAAAUGUGACUUUCAGCAUUAAUGUCGACGUCUCGCAUCAGGGUGAAUACAGCUGUCAAUACUCUUAUCAGAACAAUACAGUCAAGUCACCGUUGAGUAACACUGUGACCAUCACUGUGGUGCACUUGCCGCAGCCCAGUAUUUCUCCCAGUGCCCCUGAUGGAGGUUUUUUUUUUAUUUCAACAGCCAGUGCUCUAACUUCUGUAACUGCAAGAUUUUCUCUCAGACUGGUGAAUGGUAAUAAUGACUGCUCUGGGAGAGUGGAGAUCCUGUAUAACAGUGUGUGGGGAACCGUGUGUGGUGAUUACUGGGACAUGAAUGAUGCUGCUGUGGUGUGCAGACAGAUGGGAUGUGGAGGAGCUGUCAGUGCACCACAGAGUGCUUCUUUUGGCCAGGGAAGUGGUCAGAUCUGGAUGGAUGAUGUUGGAUGUUCAGGAAGUGAAUCCUCACUCACAGACUGCUCACACCGUGGUUUUGGAGAACAUGACUGUGGACACCAUGAAGAUGCAGGAGUUGUCUGCACACAGGGCAAGCUGCCAUCCAUUAGACUGGCUGAUGGGUUUGAUUCAUGCUGUGGACGAGUGGAGAUCCUCCAGUAUGGCGAGUGGGGAAGCGUGUGUGAUGAUAACUGGGACAUGAAUGAUGCUGCUGUGGUGUGCAGACAGUUACAGUGUGGAUCAGCCAUCAGUGCACCUCAUAGUGCUGCAUUUGGUCCAGGCAGUGGAUCAAUCUGGCUGGAUGAGGUUCAGUGUACAGGAAGUGAAGGAACUCUCAUUCAAUGUUCACACGAUGGACUGGGAAGACAUAACUGUAAUCACGGUGAAGAUGCUGGUGUUGUUUGUUCAAGUGAGCUGCAGAUGGCGAGUCUUGCUCUAAUCUCCACACAUUCAGCUGUUUCUCCUGGAGAAAUCGUCCAGUUCAGAUGCUCAACACCUAAACCGAGAUGCAGUGCUAAUGCUGAAUUCCAGCUCUUCAUAAACGGAUCACUUUUAUCCUCACAGAAACAUGUGUCUUCUGUGACUUUCAGCCUUAAUGUUGACGUCUCGCAUCAGGGUGAAUACAGCUGUCAAUACUCUUAUCAGAACAAUACUGUCAAGUCAUCUUUGAGUAACACUGUGACCAUCACUGUGGUGCACUUGCAGCAGCCCAGUAUUUCUCCCAGUGCUCCUGAUGGAGGGUUUGUCGUGGGCCCUCAGGGGCCAGUGAUCCCCAGAGGCCACCGUUUCACUAUCACCUGUUCCACUAAAUCUCAGUUUCCUGGAGGCUCUUUCUACCUGUUCAGAGAAUCAAAUAUCCACAGGAUUCAACGGUCUGUCAGUAUCUCUACAUCCUUCUCCUUUCCUGAGGCAGAAUAUUCAGAUGAGGGAAUCUACAGUUGUGUUUAUGAAGUCCGUGUCUCCUCACGCUCCUUCCGUUCCUAUGCCUCUGAACUGCUGCUCAUCACUAUAACAGCAUCUCUGCUUCCUGCUGUCAUUGGUGCUGCACUUUCAGCCGGACUGCUCUUACUGGCCAUCCUCAUCAUCGUCAUGUUUCUUAAGAGGAGACAGAAAAAGAAGAAGAAUGAUGAAGCUCAUUUGAAGUGCUCUUUCAGAAAAGGUGCAGCUAAUACAUAUGCAAGCUCAUCUGCUGACAACAACUAUAAAGAGGAUGAUGAGGAUGAUGAUUAUUAUGAGAAUGUGGAAUUAAAGUUUAAAAACUUGGAUCAUGAUGACUAUGAGGAGGAUUACAUGAAGGUGGACGUGGGCUCUGAAGAAGACUAUGUCAAUGCGGACAUUACAAAAAAUAAAUGUGUGGCAGACAAGUCUGAUGAAAACAUUUAUGAAAGCUAUUGUGAUUAAUACUGAGUCAGUGAGUCAGAUCAUUACAAAUGUUGCUGCUUCAAGCAAAUAAAAUAUGACAGAACCCAAACAAAAGAAUAAUUUUAGUUGGUCACUGUAUUUCUAUUAGCAAUGAUUUAUUCAAUAAUCAGUAUGUGGAUUAUGGCGUGUGAUUUUAUAUAAUAUGAGUCAAAUGUUGAAAAAAUAAAACAUGCAACAGAACAGCAA